CUCAGCACUCUAAUUUAUCCCUCCCGAGCUCCCGACCACCGCUCGAGCAGGUCUCGUGCUCCACUCUUUCUCUCCUUCACUCCUCCUUCGCUCGUCAUGCCCGUGCAUCUCGUCUCUGAGUCGCUCGGUGGCAUUCCGAACCCGACCCUGGUCCUCGCUGCGCUAGGCGGCAUCACCGCCUACGGCCUGAAGAUUGCGACCGGCGGGCGCAAGUCUAUCUGGGAGCGCGAGUGGGCCGGCAAGCUUAUCAUGGUCGUUGCGCCGCCAGAACCCACGACCUUCGCGCUCCUCCAUGCCCUCCUGCAUCUUCCCUCGCCCCCGCAGAUCCUGUAUCUUCCACCACUGCCCAGCCCGCUCCCCGCCUCUUUGCUCACAAUUCUGCACACACUCAAAAUCGCGUCUACAAACCCCGCAGCUCAGCUGCACUGCGAGCCGCUCCCGCCGACCGUGAGCGGCGUGAGGGACUUUGUGCGCAAAUGGUCGAGCCCGCACAAGGGCACGACCGGAGAGGAGGGGCGGCGCGUCGACGCUAUCGUGCUCGGCGGAGGAUGGGAGUGUUCCGCCACACCCUUCACGGACAAUGAGCGUGCCGCGCUACUUCAGGAAGGAGACGGGGAAAAAAAGUGGACAGUACACCAGCACCACUUCCACCUCGUCACAUCGCUCCUUCCCUCGCUGCUCAAGGCUCCCGCUGAACGCGACGUGCGUAUCGUCUCUCUUGUUUCUCCAGCGUACUCUGCCGCCAUUCCGCGCCUCGAGAAGCAGCUCGCCGACCCCUCGUCAACAGGCAAGGAGCCGGGCCCGCUCGAGCGCGCCGGCGCCGACGGCCUCACGACCUUCUUCAUGAAUGCGCACUUCCGGCUGAUUCUCGAUGCCCUCGCCUCAGCGUCGUAUUCCCAGCGCGCGGCGCCCGAUCCGUCUGUGCCUGUUCCGGAGAUGAAGAAGGUUGAGGUCACAAGUAACAUCAAGGCGCUCUCGGUCGUCAUGCCGUGGGCGCGGGACGAGGUUGUGCGGCCCAUUCUUGGGAUCUGGGGAUGGGGUUGGUUGUGGCUGCUCAUCUAUCCUUUGGUGCUGCUGUUCACGCCUGGGCCCGGGAUGGCUGUGCAGUCCGUCUUGCACGCGCUGAGUGCGCCGGUGCUCUAUGACGAGGACAGGAAGACUCUGUCAAAGGGGACUGGCGAGAAUGAGAAGACGGAAGGGGAGAAGUCUGAGAAGAAGGAGGGGGGGAGGAGGAAGGCUGAGGACGACCCCCGCCGCGCCGGGAUUCGCCAGGGUGACACUGUUCGCGACUGUGCUGUUAUCGAGUAAGCAAGCUCCCUUAUCAUUACUGACACACCAGCCUCCCACCCGUGCUGCAGAACCGUGAGAUCGCACGUGGGACGUAUGAUCGCAUCGAGGGGGAAGUCGAAGCUGGCGUUCGCGCAUAUGAGGAGGCUGUGAAGAAGGCCGCCGAGGUGACUCCGAAGCGCGACACCAAGGUCAAGUUUGCGGACAACUCCGAAGAAUCUAUUCGCCCCACCGAAGCCAAAGACGCCGCCGAGGCCACCACAAGCGCAUAGACACAUAGAUGGCACGCAUAAUGUACAUUGUCACACACGCAUUAGAUUGGGGUAUAACUCUCAAAAGGCGGGUGGUCCAGUCUCGAUCGCGAGCGCAGGGCUAGAUGGCUCGACAGCGCGGCCGCCCCCAAUCGCGCUCCACUCCCACGUCUUCCACACGUCUCCCUUGACCUCGCGUUCACGCACAAGGACGUUGGC